AUGAUGCAGAGGAGGAGGGCAACAAAAGAAGAGCUCAAACAAGGAGCUGAAGAAAUUCGGCAGGCUGAUGCAAGGAUGAGGACAGAAGCGGCAGCGUUGGGUGAGGAGCCAGUAGAAGAUGUAAAAGCAGAUGAAGGGAAGUCAGAACAAGUAAUGGAAAGCCUUGAAGAUGGACCCCAACAAGUGGAAAGGUAUGUAGAAGAGCCCCCAAAGAAUAGCCCAGAAGUAGCCAAUUCAGGAUCAAGACCAGGUGUCCCAAGCACACCACCGCCACCACAUCCUCCUGAGUUGGAGGUGAAAUCUGCGGGUCUGCAAACACCAGGUCAGACCAGCACUGCCAGGAAAUCUCCCGAGGUCAGGAGCUCUGUAGUUCAGCAGGAUGAGAAGGCUGCUGGAUCGGCUCUGUCUGAUCGACUUCGAGAGGACGUUGCAACCACGCCACUGUUCACUGAGGAACAAGCCAGGACCUUGAAUGAGUUGCAUGAUAGGGCACCAUGGCUGUACCAAUCAGGACGGUCGGCAUUCUCUCCAUAUCUUCAUAGGCCUGCUUUCUUAGAGCAUGAAGAGGAUAGGCUUAGAGAAGGGUUGUCAGAGAGGGAACGCCAGUUGCAAUAUAUGAGAGAUCGGUUGUUUCAAGAGCAGAACGAAAAAGAAGAGCUGAAAAGAGCAGUUUCGUCAGUCUUGGAGGACAAUCAACGCAUGAAAGUUCGACUCCAGGACUUGGAAGCAAAGGUGAGAGAUCCUGAGCAGAAGUUUUCGACUCCGGAAGGGUCACAGAAGCAGGAGGCCGAGACCACCAAAGAACCCCGAGGAUCAAAGGAGGCUGAGACCACCAAAGAUCAAAGAACAGGACCAGAAGCCGAAGCUUCCACCUCGGCACAUCAUGAGCCGAGACCAGAGGGAAGCGGAAGCCUGACUGAAAAGUUCAUGCUUCUCAUGAUGGAGUCUAUGAAAGAGAUGCAGAAGAAGUACCUAGAGAGCAAAGAUGAGGCUGGAAUGGUCAGAGGAGUAGAAGUGGUCAGAAGUGGAGCACCAGAGCUUCCACCCUUGCCGGCAUGGAACCCAACGCAGGGCCCCUUGCAACUGGGAGAUUGGAUUCAGCACCAAGCAUCUCCGCCGUCCAAUGUCCAGCUUGACAAGUGGCAGCGGUUAGAGAGGAGGAUGUCGGCGAUGCUACUCCAAUCAAUCCCGGAGAUGAUACGGGAUGAACUUGUGGCUUCACGACGUUUGAGCGUCUUUGGCAUCCUGACUCAUCUCUACACCGUCUACUGCCCUGGAGGUGUCUAUGAGAAACAGACCCUCCUCAAAAGCUUGGAAGAACCAGCGGAAGUUACUUCGCUGACAGAAGCACCGGCGGCCAUCAGGAAAUGGUUGAGGUGGAGGAGAAGAACAGAGGAGAUCGGGGCAGUGGCUCCGGACCCAGCCUUGUUGCUGAAGGGGCUGAAUCGCUUGACGCGCAAGGUCAUCGAGCCGAACAAGGAGCUGCAGUUUCGCAUCUCGAUGGUGCGUAACAGCCUGGGGGUAGACACAACCCCCACAGCAGUGACAGUUGGUCACUUUGCCACACACCUCCUGGCAGAGAUCGAGCAAGUCGCCCUCACAGAGAAGCGAUCAGCACCAGCAACGAGAACAGAAGCACCGAAGUUGAAGGCCUUUGAGGUUGACAAGGCCGACAAAGGAAGAGCAAGGACUUCAGAGAAGCAAGCAGAAGAAAGCACAGGCAAGCCAAGAUGCAAGUUCUACCUCAGUGAGGCUGGAUGUCGGAAAGGAAAGCAGUGCACCUACUCUCACGACGUCAAAGACGAGAAAAGACGCUGCUGGACAUGUGGCGCUGUGGAUCACAUGGCAUCGUCAUGCACAAGACCCAAGUCCACCUCAGCUGAGAGCAGUCCCACAAGGCCGAAGGUCAUGAAGAUCGAGGGGGAGGAGAAGACACCUUCCUCAAAGGAGACAGAUGCCCAGUCUUCGGCACCUUCUGAGGUGUCAAUGAAGGAGCUCAUGGAGGAGGCAAACAAGAUGCUCAGAUCGUUGUCCUCUUCUGGAGGAGCCCCAUCACCACCAACAAGCCCUACUUCAAAAGAGGAGGAUGCCAAGACUGAACUGAUGGAGAAGCUACAGCAGCAACUCAACAGCAUGAAGCUCAAGACACUGCGUUUGGGACGGAUGUCAACAGAAGUGAAGCCAAGGCCUCAUUGA